AUGGCCACCUACGGAAUUAUAGUCCCGAUUAUCCCAUUCAUCGUCUCGGAAAAGAUGGACGGAGGGGCGACCGACACAGGACUACUACUCGCCGUCUACGCCGUCGGAAUCUUACUAUCGUCUCCUCUCUUUGGCGUCCUGGGCGACCAUUUCGUCUCACGUCGGGUUCCCAUGUUGAUCGGUCUUCUCGGUAUGCUCCUCUCGACGGUGUUGUUCAUGCUCGCGACCAACUUUUAUGUCUUUUUGCUUGCUCGGCUUCUCCAGGGUGUUGCUGGUGGGUCGGUCUGGACGCUGGGGCUGGCUUUGAUUACGGAUGUCUUCCCGGCGAAUGUUCUGGGCGUCCAGAUGGGGAAGGCUCUUGUGGGGUAUACGCUUGGGUUGAUGAUGGGUCCUCCUCUAGGAGGGAUUCUGUACGAGCGAGGUGGAUACCGGGCGCCCUUCAUCUUUUGCUGCGCCAUCACCGUGAUCGAUCUUGCGUGCCGUGCCUUGAUCAUCGAAGAGCGCGAAGAGAUUGUGAAAGCACUCCGCAUCCAGGGCAAGCAAGAGGAGGCAACCGAAGAGGAAGCCGAAGUCGUGGCGACCAGAAAGAACCAACGAUUGGAGGAAAGCACCAGCUUCUGGGAGUUGAUCAAGAACAAGCGUCUGAUGGCCUGUGUCAUUGUCACGGCGUGCAACUCAUUUGUGUUCUCGGGUGCUGAGCCGACAGUGCCGUUGCAUCUCGCCAGUGCGUUUAAUCUUACCUCUGAGCGGAUUGGGCUUGUCUUUAUGGCCUUCUCCCUCCCUACCCUUACCGCGCCCAUCUCAGGCGCAUUGUCGGAUAGGUUCGGCGCAAAGAUAAUGUGCGUCGUCGCGAUCGUCCUCUGCGGCACAGCUGUAAUCCUAACAGGCGCCUACCAACAAUCUCUCCCCAUGAUCAUCUUCCUCUUCACCAUCAUUGGCACCACCGGCACCGCCAUCCUCACCCCAGUCCUCGGCGAGAUCUCGGCCGUCGUCCGAACCACCGGUGCCGGUGACGGAUUCGCACGCGCUUAUGCAAUGUUCAACAUGGCCUUCUCUCUCGGCGUUCUCGUCGGUCCUGUGGUCUGUGGAGUUGUGUAUGAGCGAUUUGGGUUUAGAGCGAUCUGUCUGACGAUGAGUGGGUCGUUGUUCUUGAGCCUCCCCGUGGCGGCCUUUUGGCUCGGAGGCGUGGGGCAAAAGCAAAAGGAUUUGCAAAAGUAUAAGGAGGAUGAGGCGGCGCGGCGGAAGGGUACAUCUGGGGGAUUGACGCGAUCAAAGUAUAGUUUGGAGUUUCGGACGAUUGCCGAGGAGGAGGAGGGAGGAGUGCCAAGUGAUAGGCUUUCGCCGGGGGAGGAGUCGUUGGUGGAGAAGAUAGAUGAUGGAGAAGGAAAGGAUGGGGGAAAGGGGUUGGUGGGUUUGAGGGGGUCUAGAGAGGAUAUCCUCAAAUCUGCACGUCUUGACUAG